AUGGCAUCGUCAAAGGAAAUGCAAUCGACAGUCAGACCAUUGACCCACCGUCCAUCCAUUCCCAGCGCGCCGAACGCGAUCGGAGCCUUGAGUCCAGGCAGUUCCAAUAGCCUCGCAACCCGACAGCCGCACUCACGAACAGGAUCCCAUUCGAUUAUUGGAGCUGCCCUAAACGCGAACCACCGAGUCAGUCGUCGGAAGAGCAUGACGAGCCCCGGGGCCACAAACGUUGCUGCCAUGGCAGCGCUGAUACAAGAAGCGGAUGCUUUGCCCGUUCCAAGUGCUGGAGCCGGUGGCCGUCGCAACACCGCGUCGAAAACCAGCGCCGGCACUAUCAGCGGGUCGCCCGGCUUCUUUUCCCGCGCGCCAUCGGCCAUGGCGGCCGCUAUGGCCAUCGCAAACGGAACGAUUGGCGGCCUGCCCCUGCCGUCUCCACCCGCGAGCCUACCCAGCCGGAAGUUUGUCACAGCCGAUGGCAGUGCCAUUGACGACGACUUCAACGAUAUGUCGGACGUGGAGGACGAUUCGACCAUGCGAAGCGACCUAGGAGCGAACAUCUUCGACAUGGCGCACAUUCGCCGUGCCAGCGACGGUCAGCCGCUUGUCAAGGAGGGCCGGAGGAGCAGCACCCGUAUGGACCUGCGCUGCGAUAAGUGCGGGAAAGGAUACAAGCAUAGCAGCUGCUUGACAAAGCAUUUCGGCGCUGCCCGGGCCUCGAUCUCGCAGACGGUCGGCGCUGCGCUGUGCACAUUUCGGACGGUCAUCGGCGGCGUCGGCACUCCCACCAUCCGAUCCUCUUGUCACCACCUCCUUAUUCAGAAUGUGCAGCUGCUCGAAGCCGCCUCCGUGCUGGUAGCAAUGAACAACCAACACCCCAACGCCGACGUUACUGUGGUGAACACCCCGCCGGAGUCGGCUCGAGACUAUACCAGUGAGCGUGACUCUGCAUCACCGAUUGCUUCGACGUAUUUCGAACAGAACGACGGACACAGCUCUGUCGACACGACACCCCCUCCGCAACUGGAGGGUGCCAUGAACAUCGACGGGCCCAAGAGGGACCCGUCACUACCUCAUUCGUCGCCACCGGCAUCGCUGCUGGCAGAACGCCGCCACUUUUUGCAGCGAUUUGGGCCAGGCAACGGCCAUGGCGGCAUUUCCCAGUCGUACCAAUCCGGCCUCCCCGCUGGCCCUGUGGCUGGUAGAACGCUUUCUACUGGAUCCGUCACGAGCGACGCAUUCGCAUUCGGACACCAGCCACACCGAGGCAGCCUUCGGCCAUCGUCAUCGGGUCGGAAUACGACCGGCCAAGAAGACAAUGAACUGGCAGCAGCGGUAGAGAUGCUGAGCUGCAGCUUCAACAGCGCCGGCGGGGAAGUUCACGGCUUCGUGCAAAAUAUGCCCCCCGUGCCGCCCGUCCCGGCCAUGUAUCUAGGGCAGACUGCGCAACCCCUUGACGAUACGAGCUUCAUCAGCAGCUUUCCAAGCCGUGCUCCGGAAAGUUUCACGCGCGGCGAUCGUUUCAGUGUUAGUGGCUGCGACGACGUCAUGAUGGAAGAGAGCAGCGAAAGCUUGACGGAUGAAGACGACGAUGAUAUUCGCUCUCGUGCUCGAAGUGACGACGACGACGAUGGCGUGUUUGGACGCAUGGAAGAAUAG